ACCACCUCGCUCUUCCCCGGGGGGUCCGUGCGGUUGCAAUCCGUCCUGAUUGGUUCUUGGAUAGCCAACCCAGAGUCUAUAUUCUCGCAGUCGCGUGAUUGUGAGCGUGGCUGAUUUCUGCAGGGACACUCAAAGUAAAAUUCCUCUCAUCGUCCAACACGACAACAAUGAUACUUCUCCAGUGUCUCUGCCUUCCCAUACGUGCCCGAAGAAUGGUUUCCUUGUCGUGAGAGACUGGGGAUGGGAGCUCAAAAGAGCAUUCAGGCCGGAAAAGCAAAAAUAGAUGUGAACGUGGACUUCUCUCACCAGCUAUGUGGAACCCUCUUCCCCGCCUAUCUUAAUGCUUUGAGACACUCGGACAGCCCGCUAUCUCAGAUAAUUGGAAGUCUCUGCAUCAAACACCCAAAUCUGUUUGGUCGAAGCGAAAAGCUCGAUGUAUUAUUGGACAAGGGAUUAUAUGAAUCCAAUAUUUUCGUUGCUUAUAGGAGGCCAAGUUCGCAUUGGCUUGCCCAGCAAACCUUUGUGGUUCAGCAUUCCGUUGCACCUGAAGUCGCUGUACAUGGCGUGCCCGUUGACAAUUUCUCCCGUUCAGGCAGUGGUGGUGUCAAUCUCUGCCGUUUUUCUGCGGGACUCAAUCUCAAUGAGCCUGCCAGCUCGGCCUGGAGCAGCACGACUAGUAUAAGGUAUGAGCAUGUUCGGUUGUUGAAUGAUGAUGGCAGAUGCAUAAGUAGAGAUAUGAGUGGGCUCCCGGUUACUUGCAGGUAUCAUUCCUUCGAUGAAUCAAUACAACCUCGAAGAGCAGCUUUUGCUAAAACUCAAGCAGUUUCUUCAAUACUAUCUUUUGAUAGAAAACUUGGCGGUCUGCAUGAUAAUAUGGUGGUUGUGAAGACGGAGUCUCAGUAUGGAACAGCCAAGGAUGACAGCUUCUCUCAAUUGAAUUUCCAAAUUGAGCAAGGUUUGCCUAUCUUUCCAAAGUGGCUGGCAUUUAAUCGUUUCAAGUUCCUUGCAAGAAGAGGUACUAAAGUAGGACCCGUGUUCCUCUUAAUGAGCCUUACAGGUGGUUCAAUUGUUGGAGAUAUGGCUCCAUGCCAGGCUUUCUCUAUUGGGGGGAUUGGUAGUGUCCGUGGAUAUGGUGAAGGUGCUGUUGGAUCUGGCAGACAAUGUUUAAUAGUUAACAAUGAAGUUUCCGUUCCCCUGUCAACCCAUGGACUAGGCUAGACUGCAAAUCAACCUAGUCAACUGGCAGCCGACUGAUCCAUGGCCAUAUGUACUAUUGGACCAUGGUCCAUCUACUAGUUAAUAGGUUGACUAGUCAGUUUGUGGAUGAGUAACAGUAAGUGUUUGGUUAUUUUACAUUAGGUUAAUUUUUUCCUGAUCUUCUAAGAGAACGAGUUUCUGUUAUUCAGAAUAGAUAGUUUAGAAAUUCAGGUGGAAAUAAUCGCAGGUUUCUUUAUAUCAUUGUUACAAAUGUCGUUCUCGGGUUUUUAACGGUGAGAUUUUUCUCGGGUUUCUAACGGCAAAGUUGUAUUUUUUGGAAAAAAACUCGAAAAAUUUUAAAAAAAUAAAAAAAUUAGGUAUAAAUGAAAUAAAUGAGAAACUUACAGGAAAACAUAAAUAAAACUAUAUAAAAGUGAUAAAAGGCAUGCUUUAAUGAUAAUAAAGUGAUGAAAUAUUUAUUUUAAGUUUAUAUUUGUAGCCAUGAUAAUCUCAAUGCUAAAAAAUAGAAAAAACGAAAAAUUCAUGAAAAAAUCGUGAAAAAAAUGCAAUAAAUAUUUGUCACGAUUUUUUCAAAAUAUCACUAUUUUCCCUUUUUUUUCGUUUUCCAUGAUUUUGGUGGUAAUAUCGCGAUGUUUUCGAAAAUAUCCUGAUAUCUUUGACACUGCUUUGUAUACACACAUCUAUCUCUCUCUCUCACGUGCAUAGACACAAACUCAGACACACAUAUAUAUAUUGGAUGACUUCUCUCUCAUUGUUGGCUCCAGUGCAUGAGUAGUGGCAAUCACAGGAUUAUUGAAUUUUCCACCAUGUGCUGUAGCUCAUACAUAGAAAAACUAAGUAAUUCCCUAUGUAAAUUUUAUGAGCUAUAGCAUAUUGUCAUUGCCCUUCACUGCAUGUAUAAUUUGAUGCUCAAGACCCCUUAAGUAAAGCAAAUAUAUAUCUUGCUUAAGCUAUUUAUUGCACAU